CGUUAGAAAGCACGCCGCCCUCAUGUGAUGUCAGCGGCCGUCCUUAUUUGGCCUCGGCUGAAUCGGAGCCCCACUUGUACCCAGCUUCAACAGAGGAAACCUCACUGGACAAAAUGCUUUCACUGCCAAGUGUUGCUCUGUGCUCUCUGUGUUUAGCAGGGGUUGCCAUGGCAGCACAGCUGCAUCAGGACCAGGUAUCACUCACCAGCAGAACCAAUGAGAGAGUCUACUUCACAUGUACAGGAACUGACCUGUGUAGCUACAACUAUGUGCACUGGUACCAGAAGAAAGAGACAGAAACCUUCAAACUGAUUCUUCAUAUUGAUUUUAACGACGGUACAGUUCAUAAAGGUUACAACCAUCCUCAAAAAAAUGAUUUCUCAGCUGUAAAAGACACAAAUGGCUGUGAGUUGGUGAUCAACAAAGUAAAAGCCUCCCAUGAAGCCACCUACUACUGUGCCUGUUGGAAGUAUGUUUCCCACAGUGAGAAGUGUUGGCUCAUCUUUGGCUCAGGCACCAGGCUGUAUGUAACAGAUCGUCUAGUUGUGCCGCCCAAAGUGAGCAUCUACCCAGCGACCAGAGUCGACCUGAAGGGGAAGAGCUCCCUGCUGUGUCUGGCCACAUCCAUGUUUCCUCCUGAGGUCCAGUUCUCCUGGAGGACAAAGGACAACAAGAGGACAAUUCCUGAGAGAGAGCAAGUGGAGCUCAGAGAGGAAGAGCACGCCGCUGCCAUCCUGCGGAUCAAUCAGCAAGCGCUCAAACGUGUUCAAUACAUCUGCUCUGUCAAACACCAAGGGGACACGGUGGAGGCCAAGAUACCACCAGAGCUUCCAGCGCCUACAACCUCCAUCCCUCCAGUCAGAGACACAGCAGAGCCGCCAGCCGUGGAGCAAAGUGACGUGUCCUUCCAGUUCCAGUGCAGGGUGAAGCUGCUCUCUCUGGUUUCCACAGUGAUGAUAGUGAAGAGCAUGGUGUACUGCUGUGGACUCUCUCUCCUGAUCAUCCACAGAAACAAGGGACCUGCUGACUGACUGUCCUGCGGCGCCGCCUGAUGAUGUCAUCACCGACUGUCCUGCA